AUGUGGAAAGAGAAAUGGCAAAUACCUACAAACAUUGCAGAAAUUCUUGAAUCCAAAGACGGUGAGCAGAAGAGCAAAGUACCAGAACUGAAUAUUGAGGACGAACACAAACCAUCCGAAUCUGGCAAGUCUAUUAGCCGUUCUGUUCAUCGUAGCAACCCCAGAAGUGGACAUGGAGGAUAUGGCAAAGACGAUUAUGGUCCUGCAGGGACGACCAAAGCACCUAAUUGUGCUCAGUACAGCCGAUAUUAUUGUAGCUAUAAAGAGGACUAUCCAAUUGAUAUUGUCACGACUGUGUCAAAAUACAUGAAAUGGCCUUUUGAAAAGCUUUUCCGGGAUCUGAAGUUUAUAAAGAUGCCGAAACCUGCAAACACCGGAUAUGGUGCCUUGGUGUGUGACUCCAUAACAAGGAUUGUCCGUCCAGGUUGGGCAAAGAACACGAACGGGCGCUGGUUGGUUGUUAUCAAUACGGAUUACUAUCAGCAGUACGUAACUGAAGUUAUUUGUCGCUAUGAGAACUCCUACUGUAACUUUGUGCCACCGUGCUACCACGCCACCUGCCAACAACGCUAUAAUACACAAUAUCUUCUUGUUAUUGACCCCUACAAUCCAUACAGAGGACCGUUCCUCUCGCAGUUUCUUUUUCCUUCUUGUUGUGUUUGUCACGUCCCUAAUCUCAAGCCUUACAGUAAAAGUGGCAAACAUG